AUGGAAGGGAUCUUCAUUGGUGUCUUGUGUCUCUCAGGGUGCCUCACCUUCUCCACAUGCCUCCUCCAUCAGUACCACUUUGUGUCUGAUGCAAUGAAUUGGACUGAAGCUCAGAGCUACUGCAGAGAGAAGUACACAGACCUGGCCACUAUUGAAAACACUGAAGAAAUGAAGAAACUUAACGACACAGUUUCUGACGCUGGUCACAGCUCUAAGGUUUGGAUUGGCCUGUACAGUCAUAUUGACUGGAAGUGGUCAGAUGGGUUCAACCAGAGUGGAGCUGAAUAUAGGAACUGGGAUCUUGUACAACCUCCUGACCCAAACUAUCGAACAUUAGAGGAUUCUGACUUUGUGUCAGUGAGUACAGUAAAGACUUGGUCUGAGGCUCAGAGGCACUGCAGAGAACACUACACAGAUCUGGCCACUGUGACAAACGACGCUGAGAACAUCAAGAUACAGAACUUGAUAACACCUAUCAAUUUGGCAUGGAUCGGUUUGUACAGAGAUCCUGAGAUUUACUGGUCCGACGGGAGUAACUACUCAUUCAGCUUUUGGUAUCAGGGUGUAAACCUACUUGGCUCGAUGAAAGUCAUAUGCGGUGUUGCAGAUUUGGAGAAGGGAGGACAAUGGAGGUUAUUUUCCUGUGAAGAAAGAAAACCAUUUGUCUGCUACAGCGUCCCAACAGUGAAGACUGUGGUGAAGAUGAGGGUGAAGCUAGAGGACUCCUCUUUGGACCUGAAUGACCCUGUUGUGAAAGAACAUAUUCUGAAAGAGCUCCAGGACAGAUUGAAGGAGAACGGACUGAGUGGCGUCACCUUGAAGUGGAAAGAACAGGCUGAUGGGAAAGUUUUCCACAAGGAGGAAAAAGGUUCUGACAAGAAAAAAAAAACUGAGCUUUAAAAAUUUGACUUCAACUUUCAUUGCAUGCGCUAAUGUUUCAUGUCUGCACGUAUACACACCUCUAUCACUGUACUCAGUUAAACCAUACCAAUGAAUGUUGUUAUAGAAAAACUAGGCUUUGUGUGCUUAUAUGCUUAAACUGUGCGCCUGUGUAUAAAGAGCAUUAGGAACUUUAUGCAGCCCUGGAAGAAUGUCUAAUUAACACCAGAUACAGGGAGAGUCUCCAUCGGAAGGAAAAUGUAAUUAGUUAAUAGGCAGGUUAUUAAUGUUACAGCUUAUUAUGUCUU